AUGACAGUUCAUUGGAAAGAUGACCCUAAUCCAUUAAAACAGUUCUGCCUUGUCGAUGUCGAAACUGCGUCAGACCCGAACUGGAUCACAGUUAUAUGUGAAAACCAAACUAAUUUGCUAAAAACCUUCGCCUUGUGUAAGAAACUUUUAUCCCCGGAUAUACAAAUAGGGUUUAAUGACUCUCAAUAUGACUGGCCAUUUAUUGUGGAGAAGGCCAAGAAGUUAGGAGUUCUUGAGUUGAUGUUCAACCAUAUGUCUAUCAAACCUAUGAGUCUAGAAAAAAUUACAAAAUGGCAAUAUCAGUGUAAUAUGAUAAAAAAAUUCUACCCUAAAGCUGAAAAAAGUAGUCUCACAUAUUACUUAAGGGAGUGUAAUCUUGACAACAAAGUGGAUUUACCUAUUCACCACAUGAACAAAUAUUAUGAAAGGGCAUUAAAAGAAACCAAUGCCACAAUGGCUGAGCAGAUGC